CAUACACAAAGAACCGUCAAGUAUCGUGUGAUGUUGAAUAAGAAACACUGUUUUUGGAUAGCCCGGUUUUGAUAUUAAGUAUAAGUUUUGGUACAGACUGACAAAAAGUUGGGAAGAUAUAUCACCAUAUGGUGGACGACAUGAGAUGGACGCAUCUGAAGAAGAAAAUCAACACGGAGAAAGUCAAACAUACAUCUUUGACAAGGAAUAUAAUUGUGGACUAGAUGCAAGUGAGGAAAAUGACGAUGAUAUAAACAAAACAUCUGAUUGGGUUUCACCAAAAACCAACCAUCAAAUCUCAUGUUGUUCUUGCAUUAAAAAACGAAGAUGGAACUUUUUGAUCAUUUUCCUUGCAAUUUCAUUAAGUUCAUUUCUAGUAUCUAUAGGAUUGGUGAUAUACCUUAUGCUUCAAUUCCAGGAUUUGAGUUUAGAGCUUGCAGUAUUGAGGAACAAUUCCUUGCACAACAGAUUUCAGAUAAAAAAAUCUGAAGAAGAAGUAGAAAGGUUAUUUGUUGGACAUGAAAAACAUAGUGAACACAUCAACAACAUGGGCAUCAUGUUAAAGAAUUAUACAGUUAUGUUCAAUCAAAAUAUUGGAAAACUUAAAGUGGAUGUCAAUGACUUAACAAAACUGUAUGACAAUCAGGUCAAAAUACAGAGAGAUAUACAGACACUGAUAGAGACUAAUAAUAGAAAUAACAGGAUGAAGAUGGGGAAACUUGACACAAAAGAUAUCGUGAUCCAAAAACAAAUUGAUGAAAUAGUACGGACACAAAACACUUUUCAAAAGAAGCUGUCAGACAUUUUAAAGACAGGAUCCAAUGCAGAGACCCAUAAUCAGAAAACAAACAACAGUCAACGGAUCUGUCAUACGUCAGGAAUACAUACAUUGUUAUUUUUUAUAUUUCUUUUUAUUAUCCAUUGUGAGCGAGUUAUUUGAUAUAUAUUUUAAUACUUUAUAAAUAAUAUUAUUGCAAUAAAAGGUAUUGCAAUGUUGAACUAUGAUAAAAUACCACCAACAACAACUUCUAAAAAAAGUCAAUUUCUUGAGGAGCAUUUUGGAGAAGUUGUAAUAGAUUUGAGUCGAGUGUUAAUAGAAAUAGGAAUUCUUAUAACACAAAGGCAAGACACAAAUUCCUUCUUCAGAAAGACUUAUGCUUCUCUGUGACCUUAAUUUUUAGACUGUUUUGCAUGAACAAAUGCGGGAUUUUGACUUGACGUAUCACAGUUCUGUCGAAUUCCGACUCCUAAAGGCUAAAUAAUUGUACCUGUUGUUAAGUUUGAUUUAAAUAGUCAUUUGUUCUUUUAUACCUCAAAGUUUCUAUGAUAAAACUUGCUGUUGUUCCUCGUGAUUUUAUUA